GCCUAUUGGAUAAUCGCACGUCGCGUGUCGCAAAUCGCGCUGGUCUGCCAGAGCCAUUAGUAGUACACAGUGAAAUUCCGUUCGACAAAGGAAAAGUCUAGAAAUACGUUUCCACGUAUUUAUAAUUAAUUAGCAUUAUGAGUGUCAUAGAAAAAGUACAGAAAAAUGACAAAUUUUACAUAGUUUUACUGAAGGAUGGCUUAGUUACAGUACCGAAACAAUGGUUAACAAAUGACAAGAAAUAUACAUAUUGGCCAUCUGAUAUAAAUACAGCACAACGUAUGAAUUUAAUUAAAUCUUGUGCCGAAGUAAACUUAGAAUGGGAAAAAUACGAGAUAGAAUGUAGAUAUGGAACAGCAGAAACUUAUACAAGAGCUCGAGAAAAGGAAAAAUUAGCAGAGAAAAUAUCCGACAUUAAUACUGCUUCAGAUGAAGAAGAAAAUAAACGUAAAAGAAAAUUACGCUGUAAGAAAACUUUAACUACUUCUGAAUCUGAAGAUAAUGCUUCUGAUAAUGAAGAUGCUUCUGUUGCUGCAAAAUUGCCAAAAAAAAAUAAACCUUCACAAUUGACGUAUCCAGAACCACCAACUUCAAAAAUUACAUCUGUGUCCAGUUUAAAUAUGGAUUACAUUGACACAAAUAAAUUAGAUUCCAAUAGUGAGAUUGAAGAAGACAUUGAUGAGUAUCACAAAUCAAACAAUUCAAAUCAUCGGAAAAAUACAAGUAAUAACUCUGUUGUAAAAAAUUUGGCAUGUAACAAAAGUCAAGAAGCUACGGGUAAAAGUUUGGCAUAUAACAGAAAUAAAAAAGCUACGGAAACAGAAAAAAAAAUUCAAAAAAUUCAUGAUUAGUAGUUUGAUAGAUAUUACUAAUCGCGUAAAGAGUUGCGAGUGUUUGUUAAAGAAACUGCACAAUUCUUCUCAACAAUUGGAAUAUCAGAUUUAUGAUACUGACAACAAAAUCUUGGAUGAAAAAUUCCCCAUGAAAAGUCUCGAUGACGUAAGAGAUAUUGAACAGCAAUUAAAACAUGAUGAGACAUUUAAAAACCAAGUUAAAUCGGCACUUUAUUUCAACUCACAAAGUACUA